AUGGCCUGGGACCAUCUCGACAUCGAUAAGCCGCACCUGGCCUACAUGAUUCUCGGCGGUUUCACUGGUCUGUUUAUGUUAUGCUCCCUUUUCGUCAAAGAGAAGCUCUACAUCGGUGAAGCCACCGUCGCCACCAUCUGCGGCAUCAUCUUCGGUCCCCAUGCCGCCAACCUCUUCAAUCCCCUCUCCUGGGGCAAUGUCGACAAGAUCACCCUGGAAUGCUCGCGCAUCGUUCUGGUCGUACAAUGUUUCGCCGUCGGUGUCGAAUUACCCAAGGCCUACAUGGAGCGCCACUGGAAGUCUGUCUUCUUCCUUCUGGUCCCCGUCAUGACCUGGGGCUGGCUCAUCACCAGUCUCUUCAUCUGGUGGAUGGUCCCGCUCAAUUGGAUCGAGAGUCUCGUCUGUGCCGCCUGUGUCACCGCCACCGACCCCGUCCUGGCCUCCUCCGUUGUCGGAAAGGGCAAAUUCGCCCGUCGCGUUCCCAAGCACUUGCGAGACCUCCUCUCUGCCGAGUCCGGCUGUAACGAUGGCAUGGCAUUCCCCUUCAUCUACCUCUCCUUCUACAUCCUUCGGCACAUGGGCCAUCCCAACGAGGUUGCCCUUCACUGGAUCUGUAUCACUAUUCUCUACGAGUGCAUCCUGGGCGCCAUCUUCGGCUUUACCAUCGGUUACGCCGCCCGCCACGCCAUCAAGUUCGCCGAGCGCAAACAGUUGAUCGAUCGUGAGAGUUUCCUCGUCUUCUACUUCGUCUUAGCCGUCUUCUGCGCCGGCGCUGGGAGCUUACUCGGCAUGGACGACCUGCUGAUCGGCUUCGCCUGUGGCGUGGGUUUCAGCAACGACGGCUGGUUCACCGAAAAGACCGAGGAGUCGCACGUGUCCAACGUCAUUGAUUUGCUGCUCAACUUGGCGUACUUUGUCUACUUCGGGUCCAUCGUGCCCUGGGAGGACUACAACAACGCCGAGAUUGGCCUCACCCCCUGGCGUCUCGUCGUCAUCGCCCUUCUGGUUAUUUUCUUCCGCCGCAUCCCCAUCAUGCUUCUCUGCAAACCAUUGAUCCCCGAUAUGAAAACUUGGCGCGAGGCCCUCUUCGCCGGCCAUUUUGGCCCCAUUGGCGUAGGCGCCAUCUUCGCCUGCAUUCUCGCCCGCGCCGAGCUGGAAACCGACAGCACCCAGCCGUUAUCCGAAGGGGACUUACCCAAAGCCGGCACGGCGGAUUUCUACGUCGUGCAGCUGAUCUGGCCCAUCACCACCUUCCUGGUCAUCUCGUCGAUCCUGGUCCACGGCUCAUCCAUCGCCGUCUUCACCCUCGGCAAACGCAUCAACACACUCACCAUCACCCUGUCCUACACCACCGCUAACGAGGAGGGACCGUCGUGGAUGAACCGGCUGCCGCGUGUCCAGUCCCUUGCCAAGGGUUCCAUGUCCUUCCGCAAGGCGGACGAAGAGCUUGAGAACUCCUCCAACGAGCCCGAGUAUCCGCCUGGCACGCUACCACCAAUCGGUGUUCCGGGUAACUUCCUGCGGCGCGUGCGCGACGAAGACACCGACUCUCCAUCCAUCAAGCCACCCCACAAGACCCGUCGCCGCCGCCGCCGUCGUCGUGUGGAUGAUGGUGCCGGUGGCCCCAUCAGCCAGUCGGCCAUUAUGCCGCAGCGCCACCUCUCUACGGGCGAGGAGCGCAAGGCCGAAGAAGCCGAAGCGGAGCGAGAAAAGGAAACGCGCGACGACAUCGAGCGUGGAGGCUCGCCGCCCAGCAAGGAACGCGAGCUAUUCCACCGCGAGCCCGCCAUGGAAGUCUACCUGGAAGGCCACAACAUGAUCAUCGAAGACGAGGAGGGUAACGUCCUCCGCACCGAGGACAUCAGCCACGUGUCCCCUGAAGCCCGCGAGCGCCACAUCGAAGAAGAGCGCAACAAGUUGCAGCAGGAGAAGACCGGUGAACAUGCCAAGUCCAAGAGCCAGCCGCACGAGAAGACCGAGGGCGAAGAGAUCCAGCAGGCCGUUGGCGAGACGACCGGUCACCCGCUCGAAAAGGCCCGCAAGCGCUUGGGACAAUGGAUGGGUUUCGGCAAGGCGCCUGCUACCGAAGGUGCUUCCACCCAGCCUGGCGCUGAGCAUGAUCAGGAAGCCGCGGAGAAGGACGCUGCCGCGAAGAAGAAGGCCGCCAAGGCGAAGGCCCGGUCUGCCCACGCCUACCAGUUCGGUAACACGAUCAUCGUCGAGGACGAGGAUGGCGAGGUGAUCAAGAAAUACUCGAUCCCAUCGUCGUCCGACAAGCCCGAGGCCGCGGCUCCUGUGCGUCGUGGACUCACGCGCAUGGGCACCUGGUUCGGUGUGGAAGGCGGCAAGGAAGGCGAGUCGUCGGCGCAAGCGAACCCGAAGAAGCCCGAGGAGGACGAAUGGCUGCGUGACGACGGUCUGCGCUUCACCGUGGCCGAGGAUGAUCAGAAGGGCCGGCGCAUGAACAAGCACGAGUUCGUGCAGCAGCUGCGCAACCUGGGUCCCAAGGCCCGUCGCGACCUCGUCGAGCAAACUGGCACCCCCGAACGCGUCAAGGACGCUGCUCUGGCCACCGAUGAAGAGGACACCUCUGACGGGCCCAUCGUGCCGGGCGACAACGUCGCCGCCUCGCUGGCCCGAUUCCGCCGCGGCACCGCUGCGGAAGACCGCCGUAGCAACCUGACCCCAACCCCGGGAACCCCGCGUCCACGCUCACGUCGCGACUCCGAGGAUGACGGCACCGAGCGGGUUCCACCGGCACAGCUCCGCGAAGCUGCCGGGUUGUCUCCGCUCCCGCGCCAGGCGUCCAUCGACGACACGGGCGAGACCCCAGCCGAACGGCGUCGUCGGUUAGCCGCGCUGGGUCAGCUCAACAGUUCGGACGAGGAGGAAGAUUCGGACGCGGUGGAGGACGACGAGGACGACAGCGAGGAGAGCCCGAAUGGCGGCAAGGUGCAGUUUGCGGAUGGCACCAAGCCGGCGCGCAGCCGGGAGGCCGGCAACUCCGAGAGCAACGGUUCGGGCUCGGGGUCGUCCAACUCGCCGUCGCAUCGGCCGCGGAUUUCCUGGGGCGGCGAAAAAGGACGUGAGAACUGA